CUACUUGCAUCCAUCUUACUCGGUGUUACAAGAAGAGGAGAGAAUCGACAUUUGAGCAAGCAAAGCUUUGUAAGACUCAACAUCGAUCUCGUUUGCCGCCCAAAAUGCCGCCUUCCAAUUCAAAAGGCAGCAAAAUGCUGUCAUUAAUCCAUUAUCGACUUAGGAUUACACUAAACGAUGGCAGACAAAUGACAGGACAGCUUUUGGCUUUCGAUCAGCAUAUGAACUUGGUACUUGCGGACACUGAAGAAUUCAGAAGGGUGAAAUCAAAAUCAAAAAAGCGAAAAGCAGCAUCACAGCAGGUCAAAGCAGACGGAUCAGAAGAGGAUGAUGACGUUGUUGCUCCUCCUGCACCGGAACAAAAGAGAACAUUGGGAUUGAUCAUCUUACGAGGAGAAAGCAUCGUAAGCCUGAGUAUCGAAGGUCCACCUCCAGCAGAAAAGACAGGACCGCAAUCGCAACUCCAACCUGGUCCCGGACGUGGUGUACCGGCUGGAAGAGGAAUCGGUUUAGCAGCACCUCCCGGAGCAGUUGCACCACCCACAAUGGCAGGCAGACCGAUGGCUUAUGGAAGACCUCCCCCGCCUAUGGGAGCACCUCCAGGAAUGCCAGGUAUGCCUCCGCCCGGUUUCCCACCCAUGGGAAUGCGACCGCCUCCCGGUGGAUUCCAAGGCCCUCCUCCAGGAUUUCCACCUCAAGGACAAUAUCGACCACCACCACCUGGAUAUCCUAUGCCUCCAAGACCUCAGUGAAAGCUGUUGUUCAUCGAAUCAAAUAUUGCAGCUUGCUUUUAUUCUUUCUUUCUCCAUUUCCAGCCUUGGCCUUCCGUGUAUUAUGUUUACCCUCCCACUGCUUGUGUUAUAAGAUGGCCUCAGGGCAAUCAAAACGGCAAAAGCUAUAAUGGCAUUAAAUUGUACAAUGUAGUUACAAGGGACAUUUUACAGAUGCGAAACUUGAGAGAGAAGGAGAUAGUUGAUACAAAUUGAGAUACACGGAUGUCCACAUCUUCCAUGCUACUUCUUUUGUUGUUCUUGAUUUUCCUCUGGCAUGGAUCCGCUAUCCUGAUCAACUUGAUGCAAAGCUGCCAUGA